CCAAUGUCUGGGAGUCACUGAGCUAAAAAGAAACAACAGACGUCAUGAAAUAUCAGGCACAAGACAGCAUGUACCUGAGGAUCUGGGGAGCAGGGCCGUUGUGUAUGAUACCCACACCUUCUUUUCCGGGAACACUGUCCUGCCCAGAGCCCUGUGGAGUGGACGCUGCCACAUCUGCCACCAUGUGUCCUAGCCUCUAUAAGAGUGGAUUGGACACUGUGGACCCACUCACCUUUAAGCUGUUGGGCAAUCUAGAACACGUAUAGCUGGCUCACAAUAAUGAGCUGGGUCUCUCGUGUUUCUCUCCUGGAAACCAGGAGUUGGGGAACUGAGAGGUGGAGGCAGUUUCCAGCAGAGGUGCAAGACAGGAGGCCAGGACCCCAGCCCACCCCGCACAGGUGCAAAAAAUGUCAGUGAAAUAUCAUGGCUGCUGGCUACAUAGAUCUUUUGUGGAAAUAGCUAAAGGGCUAAGAUCCAUUUAUUAUAGAAAGACUAGACUAAACAUUCCCAAAUGGGGAAUCCAAUGAAGGGGUACCCUAAUUUGUGCCACAGUGAUAAGAGGGUGCAAUGCCCCCCUGAGCCUAAGGGGUGCUGGUAUGGUAGUUAGCAAGAGAUUCUCUAAGGGACGUAGAACUCUGGGGCAGAGGAGACGGGCCGGAGACCCAGUCUUUCCUCUCCAUGAGGGGAGGUUUUACUUUAUUAAAUAAAAUUUGUAAGACCUCCACGUGCCUGAGGCACCCUAGGCUGGUUCUGUCUGUUUAUCAGCCGUCCAUCAAACUCCACUUACUCCUUCUUCCGCAGCGGUGCGGUCAGAGCCAGGCGCCUGACUGAUUAUCAGGGCUACAGCUCCCAGCCUCUCUUGCAGCUCCCUGUGGCUGAGUUUUUACCGAUUAAAAUAUGAGCAGAAAAGAUGAGUGGUACGUGUGGGCUGGUAUAUUAAGAGAGUGGCGCGCCUCCCCAUUUGCCCUGUCGUGCCAGCUGCUAUCUAGGCCAUGCAGGCAGGGACAGUACACUUAGUGCUAAUUAAGUGUGGCCCAUGCAUCAGCUGCUCAUCCUUGAACCGUUUGUAACCCAUCCACAGCAAGAUAAAGAGCUUUGCCAGAAUGCAAAUCAACAGCACUAAAUGCAAAUCAUUAAACACAGCGUUCAGCUGACAAAGCAAGAUAUUCUCGAUGAAGGAAGCAACGCAUUGAUUUACAUCCUGACACAAGCUCCUUAUCUCCUUACGGAACAUCCCUUUGAGGAGCAGAGCGCUAGGGAGGGGUAGAGGCACAGGAUGGAAUGAACCUGGGCUCCUGAAUAUCUACGUGGAACAGAGCGCUGAGCCAUAACAAAGAAGGGGAACAAGUCAUCCCUAUCUGGCAGGGCUGUGGUUAAGAUUUUAAAAGCGAUAUGAAAAGAUACCCAGCCAGGAUCUACUGGGGCUCAUUCAGUACUGGCUGAAUGAAACCUGCAAUGGUUUCUUUCUCUAACUUGUCACAAUCCAUUGUCUUUUCUGGUUAGAGGACUGGACUCAGGCUGCUAUACCUGGAGGACAAUGCAGCAUUCACAUCUCUUGAGUCCCUGUUCUGUACCUUGGACUGGGUCAGACACUGUGGAUUCAGCCCUGAGCAAAGACUGACACACUCUCUGCCCUUGUGGGAUGCCAAAGCAAAUGACACGUCUAAGCCCGAGACCGGCUGCAGAAAGCCUGUGGACUAGGGUGCUUAGAGCAAGAGCUGAAGUGAAUGGAGGAACCUGGGUAGCUCCUGGUCUGCUAUAGACCCCAGAGUGUGUUGCCUGAAUUUGCAGAAGAGUUGCACUUUCUGUAGAGCUGUUCCCACACUUCAUUGUAUUUACAGUAGUUUUCCCUUGGUCUCAUAGUGGGAAAAACGUCAUUAAAAGAUUCUAAAAUAAUCUUGAUUAAACUAAGGGGAAAGGACAUUUUUCUAUAACUUAGUCUGGAGAGAUAAAGGUUUUCCAAAGGCCCAAGGUUGCAAAAGCUAUUUAGACCCAAGCAUUUCUUAGGUUAGUUGUUCAUUCAUCAAAUCGUUGAACACCACUGUGAUCCAGGCUCCUUGCAGACACACAGGGGAACAAGACCGAGUCCCUAUGCUCCUGCAAGCUCAUGGCCAAGUGGGAAGUGGGAAGCCUACGUAUGAUCACCUGACUGUGGAACAUGUGCUUACUAAUGAGCAGAGCCUGGGAACCCAGAAGGAUGGAGUCCAAGCCCAUUGUAGGCUUUUUUCCCCCUUGCUUUUCACUUGGGGUAUUCCCUCAGGAUAGUAUUACUCUAUUGCUUGGCUAAUAAUAGUGAUCUUGAAAUUAGCAUUUAACCUUCUAGCCAGACACAUGCAUGGAAAUACUCUUCCAAGCCCAAGGAUGCUCAGUCAUGCAAUAGGCACAUAUCCUCUAAGAACGGCACAGAUGUAUUGAAUCACCAGAGGUAUUGAAUCACCAGAUAUCCCGAAAGAUGUAUGAUUUCAACCUAACUGGUAUCAACGCCCAGUAUUGACAUGGAACACCAGCGGGAACCAACCAGCGAGGCAAUUCACCAGCACUCGGUGAGGAACUGGCACGCGGGAACACACCAACACACCCCCGGCUCUGACAGCCGAAUCGUGGGCAACCGCAUCCUACCCGCUUCUAUUCACUGUUGCAUUGCUAUGGUGCCCACCCCCUUUGUAUCCAUGGCAUUGACAGCCUCGGGAGUUGGGCCGGUGACCAUUCCUCGUAUCUGAGAACAGAAGGAGAAGGGGAAGUUUGGGCAGCUCUAGAGAAGUGUGUAAAUGGCAGCUUAGGGACAGUUUGAGCUUUCUGGUAGAGGCGGCCUAGGGAAAUCGCCGCAGAAGCUUCUUCUGUUAUGUGGAUGCCGUAUGCUGGUGCAGGGAACCAGGAGUAUAGUAAAACUAUUGUUAGUAUUGUAGCUCCGAUCACGUUACAUGUCUUUCCUGCUCCAGCCUCCAUCGCACCCUACAAGCGGGCAGGGACGCCUCCGAAACCCCAGGUGGGGUGAGGGUCUUGCGGCGGUGAAGCGGCGGCGCUCUGUGGGAGGGAGCAAAGGUCGCAAGGUUCAUGGGCAGGGACCGCGAGGAGGGAGGUGGUCCACAAAGGGGGAAAGUCUGAGAAUCAGAGGUGCUUUGCAUUCCGGGCUCCGGUCCCCUCUAGCAAAGCCCAGCCUAAAAACAUCCAUCCUUGGCGCACAUCCCUCUCUAUCUCCCCCACCCCAGCUGCGCCCCUCGCCCCUGGGGUCAGGCCGCGGGGUCACUGCUCCUCCUCGAAGGAUCCGAAGGCAGCUAACGCGGGAGGCGCCCCGGUGAGGCUGGGGAGGGAGGAGUUCCCUAAAUUGUGCUGGAGCGAAGGCGUCGAGGAUAGGAAGAACUAACCCAGGCUGGGGAAGGCGGACGGGGCUACGAGGGAGAGAGAGAGGGGACAAUGUACGCUCAGCCUGUUCAUCGCUCGGCAGGAAGAUGGAUGAUUUUCGGAGACUGUUGUCCCAGCGCUCCGGCUCGCUCCAGGGAGACGUCAGAGCGCUGGGGUCGGCGGUGGAGGAUCCCCCUGCGCCCCCGCCCGGGCUUGCAUAUAAAGUCGGGGCGUCGUGGAGGCUGCAGCAGCGGCGCUGGCGGCGGCGGCGGCGGCGCUCCUCUGAGGUCCCGGUCCUCCCGUCUCUCCUCUGCAGUGGAAGCGCACUCUCCGCCCAGUCUCGCCGCGGCGCUCCGAGGGCUUCCCGCCGGGACCAUGCGCGGCCGCGAAUUCCCGCUCGUCCUGCUGGCUCUGGUCCUCUGCCAGGCGCCCCGGGGACCGGCCGCCCCGGUGUCGGCGGGCGGAGGGACCCUGCUGGCCAAGAUGUACCCGCGCGGCAACCACUGGGCGGUGGGACAUUUAAUGGGAAAAAAGAGCACAGGAGAGUCCCUGUAUGUUUAUGAGGGAGGGAGCCUGAAGGAGCAGCUGAGGGAGUACAUUCGGUGGCAGGAAGCUACAAGGAAUUUGCUAAGCCUCCUAGAAGCAAAGGGGACCAGAAGCCACCAGCCACCUCAACGGGAGCCCUGGGCAUUCGCCAGUCCACCUGGGAUUCAGAGGGCAGCAGCAACUUUAAAGACGUGGGAUCGAGGCUCAAAGUUGGUGGACUCUCCAGGUUCUCAGCGUGAAGGAAGGAACCCCCAGCCGAACUGAUACUGACAACGGUGGCCUCCCUCAAAGAAGCAAAACAAAACCCUCAAGAGACUGCGUUCUAUGGGCAUCAGUUCUACUGGGUCAUCAAGUUUCCUUUAUGCAAAAUACUUAACUAUUCUUGUAUCUUUCAACUUUGACUAAAGUCAUGAUUUUCAAGCA